GAAGGUAACACCUGUAGGAAAGAUUGAAGGGUGUGCGGUAACGUACUUUUUUUUUAUUUCCCUGUGUCGGCUCUUCGCGCGCACGAGGAAGUAAAACGGUUUUAAUCUAAAUAUAGAUACUUACGGAGUUCGUCGACGCGGCGCGGGUACAUUAACGUUGCAUGAUCCUCUCCACGAAAGAAAGGAGGUGUGUAUCCCGUAAUAAUGCAGUCCCUCCUAUUCCGCGAUACGACUAGCUUGAUAAUAGGCUGAAGUAAUAGAAGGGGAACUAACUCGAUCAGAGAUCGUGCCAGGAUUGCCGUGGUGUAUGCCUGUUAUUACGUAUCUCUUACGUAUCAUUGCAGCGUGCGAUACCACGAAUCUCGUUAAUACGGCACAGCCGCUCAAGUGGCGGUCGGCGCAUGAUGAAGAACGCGAGGAAGAAUAAAUUUAUAUCGAUACGGAUAGUGAGGUUUCUCAUGAAGGUUAUCGGUAUCUGGCCCGCCAAAUCGAGAACCGAGGAACGGUUGUUGAAUGGGAUUUUGGGUUACACAAUAUACGUGAUUACUUUAGGCUUGUGGAUAGAAGGGACCGAAUUGUAUCUAGGUAAAGGCGACUUUUAUGCCAUCACAUAUACUGCUUGCAGCUCUAUGCCGGUAGUCAUAAUUUUGCUAAAGAUAUUCUUCUUCGUUAUUAAUCGACAAGAAGUGUUGAAUAUGCUGAAAUAUACAGAGGAGAAUUUUUGGUACGCUCAGUACGACGAGUUCGGCAGCGAGAUUAUGGAAAAGAUUAAUAGAAAGGCGAUGAUAUUAAUGUGCACGUUUACGUUCUUCGUUCAAGGAACCGUUUGCACCUAUGCGCUGACUCCUAUAAUCGAAAAUAUAGGGAGAAACGAGACCGACCGAAUACUCCCUUUUAAUUUCUGGAUAGGAAUCCCGACAACCGUCUCGCCCAACUUCGAAAUCAUAUUUACUGUCGAGAUUACAGCGCUUAUUCACUGUGGCGUAUGCUUCUGUUGCUUCGACAAUCUCUUGGGUUUACUGAACCUGCACACUGCCGGUCAGUUCAAAAUGCUGCGACACCGGUUGGGAAACAUCCUUGAGAAGGUCGAACGGGCUGGUACCGUAAAGUCCCUCGACGAGAAACAGAGGCGGGGGGUGUACGAGAAGAUCAGAGAAUGCGUCAUAGUGCAUCACGAGCUGAUUUGGUACAGUGAAAAAAUGGAACGAAUCUUCACGUACACGACCCUUUGCCAGCUGUUGGUGUCCGGCGUCAUGCUUUGCGUCGCGGGCUUUCAGAUGUUUUUGGCCCGCGGUACUCUGGUCAGACGGAUGAUAUUCAUCGCCCAUACAAACGGCUGCUUCGUCCAACUGUUCGUGGUCACGUUGACGUCGAAUUAUUUGAUGGACGAGAGCCGCGCGGUCGGAGACGCGGCGUACAACGCCAAUUGGCAGCUCUUAUCCCACGAGGAGAACAAGGGAGUCAGGAAAGCCAUCCUGAUGAUGAUGACACGAUCCGCGCGUGCUUGCUCCAUAUCCGCCGGCGGUUUCUUCCCGGUGUCGCUCGAGACGUUUAUGGCGGUGUUGAGCACCGCCGCAUCCUACUUCACUCUUCUCCGCAAAUUCAUUGCAGCCGAGCUACUGACGGUAGCGGCGAAGAGAAAGGGCCACCGCAUUGUCCAUCGGAGAUCGAACUCAAUACAUACACACCGUCGAUUGAUCGCCCUCAGCAAAGGAGACGCGUACGAUUAUAGCCUGUCACCAGAGCGAGGCAUGGAGCAACGUAAGGAGUACCGAUCGGUGAAUAUUACGCGGCUCUUCAUGAAAGUAGUCGGGCUCUGGUAUGUCGAGACACCGAGGGAACAGCUGCUCUUGCGCGGCGCAUUCGGCUAUGCCGUUUGGGCGAUCGUCUUCGCCAUUCUCGUCGAGGGCGUUGAUCUGUAUCACUGCAUAGGCGACUUUUACCAGCCAGAAUGUUCACACGGGAAUCAGGAUCUAUUUAAUUCUUGGUAUUAUUACUCACAGGCUGUUACGUCCAAUUUGUGUGCAACGUUGCUAUUAGUGAUGAUACUGGUGAAGCUGGGUAGCUUCAUGUUCUACCGUGACAUGAUAAUGGACUUGAUUCAUUUCGCCGAGAGAAACUUUUGGAAUGUCACUUACGACGAGGCCGGCACACGAAUCCUGGAAGGAUACGACAAAUUAGGAAUGACUAUGGUCUACACUUUUACAUUCAUCGUUUACGUCGCAACUUUCAAUUAUAUCUUCGCACCUUUCUUUGCGAUGCUCUACGGAGUGUCAAAUAUUUCUUUGCUACUUGUAACAGAGCCUCAAGAAAAGAACGAAACGGAAAAGAUUCUACCAUUCAAGCUGUGGCUCGAUUUUCCGUAUCACUCGCCGUAUUACGAAGUCACUUACGUUAUACAGUCGCUUUCGACAAUACAUUCGGGUAUCUGCACUUUCUGCUUUGACAAUUUUGUGAGCACGUUCAACAUCCACGCGGCCGCGCAGCUAAAAAUCUUGGCUCGUAAAGUGGAAGUCGUCGUUGAGGGCUGCAUCGAGGAUAUGAUGGACCAGAAACGUCCGUUGGAAACGGAUGCUGCGGUUCUGACGUUGAAGAAAUUGCGGGACUGUGUGCAGCACCACCUCACGCUCAUAUGUUACGUGCGUAACAUGCAACGCGUGUUCGCCAUUAUAUUACUCGGACAGUUGCUGCUUUCUAGCGUAGUCAUCUGCUUCGGUGGAUUUCAGUUCCUCGCGGCGGAAGUGGCUAUCAGAAAGUGUAUUUUUGCCUUCCAUUUCGUGGGCGGUCUUAUCCAGCUGCUUAUUUAUACGUGGACGUGUAACGAUAUAAUUGUGCAAAGUACGGCUAUCUCCGACGCCGCUUACAAUUCCAAGUGGUAUCUCUUACCCGACAACGGUCCAGGAAGGGCGGUGAGGAAAGGGCUAAUUAUAAUGAUGAUCAGAGCACGUCGACCGUGCAUAUUAACCGCUGGACGUUUCGCGGUUAUGUCCUUGGAGACUUUUACAGGGAUAUUAAGCACGGCGAUGUCGUAUUUCACAUUGCUACGACAAAUGAGUGAAGACAAUGUAUAGUCAUAAAGUAUAAUUCUAAAGAAGAGAUUUUCCUAAUACCGAAGUCGGAAAAAUUUAUCCUGAUAUCUACAUCAUUUACAUACAUAUACCUAUAAUUAAAUUUCCAAUUCAGAGGCAUCUUUUGCACCGUGGGAUCUUUCCUGUCGUUUCUCUCAAGACUAUCGCAAUUGUUGCAAUUUGUGUUUCCAUCGUAGAUAAAACAACUAAAGAGCCAAGAUUAUUAUUAAAACACGAUUUGAUAUUUCAAGGAUUGAAUAAACUUAUGUCAACAUUAUAUUAAAACUUAUCGAGGAAAAUGUGUUUAUAAUUAAAUAAAAUAGUGAUCGAAACAUU